AUGGCACCUCUCAACAAUCUCCUACAUUCGUUUGACCUCUCGCAAUACCUCGAAUCUCUCACCCUCAAAGAACGCGAAGAUUUGACCCAUCCUCAUCCUGAAAUCGCACGAAGAGACGAGAAUGAGGAACUGAAAUCACCAGGACCAUGGACUGCAGUAUCGCCUUCUCCAUCCACGACCACAUCACUUUCCACUCCACUUAGGGUGCAACUUCAAGCACGAAAUAACCCAACAGGAGCUCUACCAACCGGCAAUGGUCAACCAACUCAUGGCGGCGCUAUUGACCCCAAUGAGGUUAACAUGGUAGCCGUCCAGUCUGCAUUCGCUGUUAUCGGCUGUGCUAUGGUGGUUGGCAUAAUCUGGUUCUUCUUCUGGGCUAAGAAUGGUGGCUUUCAAUGGAGAAGGGGAGAUUGGGACGACUAUAAGUCGACUGUGUUACGACGAAAAGGUCCUAAUGGCACGACUCUCAGUAACGCAACCAAGAGCACACGAUUAGGUGGUGGUUCAGUCGUUGGACAAGGAUUUUCAGACCGAGAUACAAACAGCUACAUGGACGAUACGAGUACAAUAUACACCGGCACGAUGACCGAGUUGAGCAGUAGCACUGCCCCAAUCAUCAAGGAAAAGCAAGGACAAUACACUGGCGACAAGAGAGACCGAAAGAAGAAGUCUCGACGAAAAGAAGACAAUGCCAAAGAGCGAAAACAGCGAGAAAUGAAAGAAGCUGCCUUCGAAGGUGCUCACGACGACGAUGUACGCGCCUACAUGGCUGAGAAACCUGCGCGAGUCGGCGGCAUCAACGCUCACAGCGACACCCUCCACUACGGUACAGACUACACAGACACCGAGCCAAGCGUACACUCCUCAGCACCACGACAAUCUGCCCGCCAUCAGCCCUCUGCCGCUGCUGCACCACCACCACCAACCGUACCUCAACACCACAAACAACCAUCGUCCUCUCGAGGCGCAGCCAAACCUUCAAAACGUGACUUCAGCUACACAAUUGGUGGCCACCAGGAACAAAAGCACUUCUCCAUCGCACCGAGCCAGCGCUCUGCAUCUCCCCCACCAUUACGCGUGCCUGCGAGAAGUAUUCAGCAGGAGAACACACAGGCGUAUUUCCAUCCGAUACCUGGUUUGAGUGGUGCUGCGCAGGCAGGACGACAACAACAGAAUGGAUUCAGACGUGGUGCGGGCACGGAUCUGGAUGAUUAG